UCGCGCGCGUGGCCUCGUGCUUCCGUGCGCGGCCCCGCCGGAGACGUCAUGAGCGUCUUACUACCCAACAUGGCGGACUUUGAUACCAUUUAUGAGUUAGAAGACGAAGAGGAUGAGCACGUAGUGAGCGAGGAGCACUUGCCCAGAUACUGUCCGGAGCCCGUGGUCAUGCGAGGGGCCGGGCACAUCACGGUGUUUGGACUGAGCAACAGAUUUGACACAGAAUUUCCCUCUGUUCUCACGGGAAAGGUAGCACCAGAGGAAUUCAAAACCAGCAUCAGCAGGGUGAAUGCUUGUUUGAAGAAGAACUUACCAGUGAAUGUGAAGUGGCUUCUUUGUGGCUGCCUGUGUUGUUGCUGUACAGUAGGCUGCAGCCUAUGGCCCGUUAUCUGCCUCAACAAGAGAACGAGGCGGUCUAUUCAGAAGCUGUUAGAGUGGGAAAAUAACCGACUAUACCAUAAGCUGGGGCUGCACUGGAAACUCAGUAAAAGAAAAUGUGAAAGCAGUAAUAUGAUGGAAUAUGUGAUUCUUAUAGAAUUCCUACCCAAAUAUCCUAUAUUCCGACCAGACUGAGGAGGCCGUUGCCAGACUGGAUGAGUGGCCCUUGAAUCUUAUCCUUAGUGCCUUGUAUAUACAGUAUGUUGGAAAAAAGGGUCUGCGCCGCUGUGUCUCGUGAUGACCCUGUAAAUCUCCCAGUACCUUGUACAUUAGAAUUUGCAACACUGUCACUUUGCUUUAGAGCAGAUUUUGCACAUUUUCCCGACAGAACUACACAUGUUCCCUUUGUUGCACUCUGAUGUGUUUUUGUUACAUGUGAGAAAAAAAAACAAAACAAGUGAUACUCUCAAAAAGUGCAUUUACCCCAAAGAACCAUCAGCCUGUAUCCCAUCUAUUAAAUCACUAAUCCCUUGCAAAGAAUGUGAUGCCUCCACCUUCCGUAACUAUCCUUGCCUUAUGUAUGAUUUUAAAAAAUAAACUCUACAUGUAACAGGAGGAGGAAGGCUUUGGGUAAUUCAACAAGUCUGUAGGCUUAGAUGCUGCUUGUUGGGUUUCCCCUCUUUUAAUCCAGUUCUUUGCAGGUAGAUGGGAUGGUUGAGAUUGCCUAACGUACAGUGUACGUCAUCACCCCGUGUUUUGUCCUUACAUGAACCCUCUGUACAUGGGAACUAGCUAGUAAGAACUUGACCUGUAAAUACCAUGUUAGAAUAAGCUGUACAGUGGUAUACCAUUGUUUACAUAAAGUUACUUAGCUCUUUAGUUUUUUUUGCCAAUAUAUUGCUGUACAAUAGUUUUGAUUAUGAAAGAUGUCUACGUACCUUCCUAGUUUAUAUGGACCUGUUUAUCUUGUAAGCCAUAUAGUGACUAUGUACCUGAUGCCAGAGUUGGGACUGAUUGUUGCACAUGAAGUUCAGGAUUUCAGGCUGGAGUGGAUCCUGAGUUUUCUUCCAGUGACAACAGCAGUGCACGUUACCAUGCAGUUUUUGCCAAUUAAGAUGACAUUCAGUGACUCGUCAUCCAUUAAAGAUGGAGGUGGUUGGAAGAUUUGAAUUUGAACUCUGCACUUCCACUCAUUUCUCUCCCACCCCCACUAACUUUGUAUUAAUUUUGUAGUUUUGUACUCUUCCCUGUGCUGUGUUUGGUCCUCCUGAAGUGUUAGGAAGCGCAUGCUUCUACAGAUCCUGAUGUGUUGAGCAGAUGGUUCCUUUGUUUCACUCAUCCUUUCAAGUGUUGGUUUUGUUUUCCAGAAUCUUAGUGAAAAGAUUGCUGCAUUGCAUUGUAUUAGAGUGCCUCUGGUAUAGUUGAAAACCACAGAGAAGUGCAGGUUGAAAGCUGUUCUCCUGUACAAAGGAGAGUUUACUGCUCCCAGUAUUGUCCCUGUUACAUUUUGUUUUGUAAAUGUUUAUCAUGAUGACCUAAUCCCAAUGGAGAAAAAAUAAAUUGUCAAUUUUGAAUUUAA